GCACCUCAGCAGAUCUCCCACUGACAAGAAGGCCACAGCAGUUUGGGCUCACAUUACAGACUUGCCACACCGUUCCCUGCAACUCCAAUCCUCAUCAAUGUACCUCAGGAGGGGGUCACAUAUCAGCUGGCAGGUGCUGCGCAACUUUACUGCAUCAGACACUGUCCUGCUCUGUCCACAAGUUAGGCCGAUCCUUCUUCACAGCAUCCUGGCUGCCAUGGCAACCUCUGCCUCCCCUUGCCCCAAGGGAUUGUGGGACUUGAACCCAUCACAGUUAUAGUUCCUCUGCAGCUGUGGCUCAUAGGCUGUUGAGGGCACAGCUCAGUGAUACCUUAUGAUAUUGUGGUAUCACAGACAUCUAUAGGGAACAGUAACCUGUGGCGAGAGAAGCCAGCGUAGAGCCGUCCUGAUAGACCACAAGGGUACAACUUGAGUCGACCUGCUCCUCCAUCUGCAGUUGUGGGUCACAUGGUUGUGAUGUCAGAGGUCCUUCAGAUCACUUUACUAUAGCCACAACCUUAGAACAUUCCCGCCUAUCUCCUCCUCUUUGCGCCUGACAGCGUGUGCACACCUGCCGCCUAAAUUCCUUGUUGAAGAUGGCAGCUGAUAAACAGAAGCGUCAUGACGGGAGGUUAAAGAUCGGACACUACAUCCUGGGUGACACGCUCGGGGAGGGACUCUUCGGCAAAGUAAAGAUUGGUGAACACGAACUAACCGGGGACAAGGUCGCUGUGAAGAUAGUGAACAAAAAGAAGAUUAGAGGCCUUGAUGCGGGGGGAAAUAUUCGGAGAGAAAUUCAAAACCUGAAACUCUUCAACCACCCUCAUAUAACCAAGUUGUACGAGGUAAUAAGUACCCCAACGGAUAUCUUCAUGGUAAUGGAGCAUGUCUCUGGUGGGGAGCUCUUUGAUUACAUACGUACUAAUAAAAAGUUAGAUGAAAAGGAAUCCCGGCGCUUAUUCCAGCAAAUCCUUUCUGGAGUGGACUAUUGCCACAGGCAUAUGGUGGUGCACAGAGACUUGAAACUAGAAAACGUUCUUCUUGAUGCGCAUGUGAAUGUGAAGAUCGCAGAUUUCGGCCUAUCAAACAUGAUGUCUGACGGAAAGUUUUUAAGUACAAGGUGUGGGUCUCUCCACUAUGCUGCACCUGAAAUAAUAUCAGGACGGCUCUACGCUGGCCCAGAAGUGGACAUCUGGAGCAGCGGUGUGAUCCUCUUCAUAUUACUGUGUGGGUUUCUUCCAUUUGACGAUGCCGAUGAGGCAACCAUGUACAAGAAGAUCUGUGAUGGCACUUUCGACACACCUCAGUAUUUGAACCCCUCCGUCAUCAGCCUUCUCAAGCACAUGCUGCUCGUAGACCCCACAAAGAGGGCAACAAUCAAAGAUAUUCAAGAACAUGAGUGGUUUAAACAGGAUCUCCCAAAGUACCUUUUUCCGGAAGACCCAACGUACAGUUUAAACAUGAUCGAUGAUGAAGCCUUAAAGGAAGUGUGUGAUAAGUAUGAGAGCACGGAGGAGGAGGUGCUGAGCUGCCUGUACAGUCGCAGUCUCCAGGACCCAUUAGCAGUUGCUUACCAUCUGAUCAUAGACAACAGACGAAUAAUGAACAAAGCUAAAAAAAAUUAUCUGGCGGAUUCUUUUGUUGACGAACCACAUACACCCCGCCCACAUCCAGAAAGGGUGUCAUUCAUGGUAGCAGACUCCCCACGGCAGAGACACACCCUUGACGAGCUAAACCCACAAAAACCCAAGUACCAAGCUGGAGUGAGACGAGACACAUGGCAGCUAGGAAUUCAGAGUCACAGCCAACCAUACGACAUCAUGGCAGAGGUCUGUCGAUCAAUGAAACCGUUGGACUACGAGUGGAAGAUGGUGAAUCCAUACAACCUACGUGUCAGGAGAAAAAACCCAGUGACCAGUAUGUACACUAAAAUGAGCCUACAGCUGUACCAAAUGGAAAGUGGAAGAUACCUGCUCGACUUUCGCAAUAUAACCGAUAAAGUUACUGAAACAGAGUAUGAAAAUGACACCCCCAGAUGCGACUCUGACACCGAAGCCCAGACAAAGUCAUCUGAUGGUUCUGCCCCAUCAUCGCUGGCCUCAUCUGCAGACUCCUCCAGCAGUGACUUGGCCCCUCAACCAGGAAGCCAUACUAUACAGUUCUUAGAAAUGUGUGCCGAUUUAAUAAAGAUCCUUCAAAUGGAAGAUAAAAUGCAGUGAUUUAAGGCUCAACUUCAUCAGCUUUUAUAGCCCAUGUGUGAAAUUAUUCCGAGUAUCACCUGGGUUGGUAAUGAGUUCACAUGCUGCAGUCACGUGAAGAUUUAUUAAGCCUACACAAUGCCGCCUACACAAUGCCGCCUCCUCUGGGCACAUCUAAAGUAGUUUCAGAAAGAACGGAUAUUGUGUUUGGAGGAUUUCUGUUCAUGGAUUACAUGGAAAAGUUAAAGCUCAUUCUCGAUCCAAGGAAAGUCUAAUGCAAAACUUUUUCUUCUUCUUUUUGUAUUUGCUUUCUAUUCUGUAUUCUAUAAUCUCUUAUCCUAGGGUUAGAAACACUGGAGUGGGGCAGAUGUAGUAACCUGGAGAAGGCAUAAGGAUGUGGUAAAUCGGUGAUAAGAGCAAGGUGAUAAACGCACCAGCCAAUCAGCUCCAAUAUGCAAAUUGACAGUUAGAAGCCGACUGGAUGGUGCGUUUAUCACCUUGCACUUAUCACUGGUUUAUCACUUCCUUGGGUGUGGUAUGUUAGGUAGAUUAGACUUAGGUCGACAGUGUCUAGGUCAA